UGGGUUUUGAUGGGGGGGCAAACGGAAGGGGACGUACAGGAAAGGAAAGGGCCGCACAUACACGUCACGGAGGGAAACAGAAAAAUGCUGGGCAAUGUCUAAUUCCCACAUUUAUUUAUUCACCCAUGGUCCCCGUGUAUGUACCCGAAGCGUUCGCAGUUUUAAGUGCAACUUCCUCUCCUCGGUCACCGGUGAGCGCUCUGUGCUCUGUCUUCAGCCUGCAGGAGAGGGCUGACACUGUCACACAGACACUGAACUUCCCGUCAAGAAGACACAGCAGCAGCAGCAGCACAGGCGAAAACACACACACACACAGACAAAAAGAGGAAAUACAUCGGGGGGUUGUCAAGAGGAGAGGACCGCACUCCAGUCCACACGGCUUCUGGGCAGAGAAACGGUGCCAUUGUCCUCCAGCUGAGGGCGAACAGAGACAGGUCUGGUGCUCUGCUAAUUAGCCUGCGUGGGUCUUCAGCCUGCAGAGAGACACCGAGCAGCGCAGCUAGCUGCAGCACGGAGCGGCUUGCACGGGGUGUGAGUGACUCAGUGAGGGGCUUGCUAGAGCCACAACCGGGACUUUUAUCUCACGAACUGGUGUUAGGUGUGCUGAUGGGUGCCUUUGUCCGAUAGUCAUCCCUCCCUACCUCUAACCCCCCCUGUCGGACCCUGGCUCGGAUUCGCCGCUCGGGCGCUGUCCUCGCCGGGGGGUGCCGGAUAACCAUCGCCCUGGUCCAGCUAACUCCAGGCGGCGGUUCGGUCUCCCCUGACCCCCCUCACCACCACCACCACCACCACCCUGUGCCCUGCCCUGCCCCGCCUUGCCCUCGCCUCGCCUCGCCUGUGUCUGCCGCUCUGGCCGACCCUAGCCGAGCCCGAACAUGGCAGGGAACCUGAAGAAAGGCGGGGGGCUCAUCGGAAUGAUGAAGGAUGCCUUCCAGCCACACCAUCAUCACCUCCACUCGCAUCACCAGCCCGGAGCCGUGGACAAAAAGACGGUGGAGAAAUGCUGGAAACUGAUGGACAAGGUGGUGCGCCUAUGCCAAAACCCCAAAUUGGCUCUGAAGAACAGCCCCCCUUACAUCCUGGACCUGUUGCCAGACACCUACCAGCACCUGCGCACCAUCUUGUCUCGCUACGAGGGCAAAAUGGAGACUCUGGGGGACAACGAGUAUUUCCGGGUCUUCAUGGAGAACCUAACCAAGAAGACCAAGCAGACCAUCAGCUUGUUUAAGGAGGGCAAGGAACGCAUGUACGAGGAGAACUCACAACCCAGGCGGAACCUUACCAAGCUGUCGUUGAUCUUCAGUCACAUGCUGGCUGAGCUGAAGGCCAUCUUCCCCAAUGGUCUGUUUCAGGGUGACAACUUCCGCAUCACCAAGGCUGACGCUGCAGAGUUCUGGAGGCGCGCCUUUGGUGACAAGACCAUCGUGCCUUGGAAGGUGUUCCGUCAGUCUCUCCAUGAGUUUCAUCCCAUCAGCUCUGGACUGGAGGCCAUGGCCCUGAAGUCCACCAUAGACCUCACCUGCAAUGACUACAUCUCUGUCUUUGAGUUUGACAUCUUCACCAGGUUAUUUCAGCCGUGGUCAUCCCUGCUGCGGAACUGGAACAGCUUGGCAGUUACUCACCCGGGGUACAUGGCCUUCCUCACCUACGAUGAGGUCAAAGCACGGCUGCAGAAGUUUAUCCACAAGCCUGGCAGUUACAUCUUCCGACUAAGCUGCACAAGGCUGGGCCAGUGGGCCAUCGGCUACGUGACAGCGGAUGGAAACAUACUCCAGACCAUUCCCCACAACAAACCCCUCUUCCAGGCUCUCAUCGAUGGCUUCAGGGAAGGAUUCUAUUUAUUUCCUGACGGCCGGACCCAAAACCCAGACCUGACAGGACUGUGUGAGCCUUCGCCUCAAGACCACAUCAAAGUCACACAGGAGCAAUAUGAGCUGUACUGUGAGAUGGGCUCCACUUUCCAGCUGUGUAAGAUCUGCGCUGAGAAUGACAAGGAUGUGAAGAUUGAGCCCUGCGGUCAUCUCAUGUGCACCUCCUGUCUCACUGCCUGGCAGGAGUCGGAGGGUCAGGGAACAGGAUGUCCCUUCUGUCGCUGUGAGAUAAAGGGUACAGAGCCGAUCGUUGUGGAUCCUUUUGACCCCAAGGAUCCUAAGGAUAACAGCGGAGGCUCCUGCAGGGGCACGUUUGGUGCUGAGGGUGCUCCGUCACCCAGCUAUGACGACGACGAUGACGACAGACUUGAAGACCCCCACCUCAUGAUGAGCAAACUUGCCUGUACAAAGGUGGAGCGCCCCCCGUCACCCAUGUCCAUGGCUCCUCAGUCCUCUCUUCCCCCUGUGCCACCCAGACUAGACCUGCUACCACACAGACCUCCCAACCCCCCUGGUGCCUCCAGCCCCGGGGCCACCACUAAGGCAGCAUCUCACCAUAAAGACAAGCCUCUCCCCCUCCCCCCAGCACUAAGGGAUCUCCCCCCUCCUCCUCCUCCAGACCGCCCCCACACAGCUGGGGCAACCCCCGAUGGACGGCUGCAGAGGCGGCCAUUACCCUGCACUCCCGGGGAGCCCACACGAGAUAAACUCCCUCCCGCACCCCCAAACCGACCUAUGUCUGACUGGAACUCGCGGCCCGUUCCCAAGGCCCCCACCUCAUCGUCCUCAUCAUCCUCGUCAUCUUCCUCAUCCACUCAAGUCUCCAGCCUGGGAGGGGACAUCCGUGCAGGCGUUAGGGAACUCUCCAACCGGCACUCUCUCCCCUUGGCGUUGCCCUCUGCUCUGGAGACUCGCUCUGACUCACAGAAGAACAACAGCUCCCUCAGUCUGGACCACCAGCUGAAUUUUGCAGCAGUGGCCGGUUCAGACUAUGACAGCCCCAAAGUCAAGCCCUCAUCGUCAGCCAACGCCAUUUAUUCACUGGCAAUGAGAGCGCCUUCAGGCCUGAGGCCGGUGACAGGAGAGGAGGCACGUGACAGUGAGGAGGAGUCGGAGUACAUGAUCCCCUCCUCUCGUCCCGUUCUGCCCCCCAUGACGUCACCACCUGUAGUGGAGACCCCACCUGCCCCGAGGCAUCCACAGCCUCAACCAUCUUCGGCACUCCAGACACAAAACCAAGCCCCCGCACUCAACUCACGGCAGCUGAGUCUGGCUGAAUUAGAGGAUGGUCCGCAAAUGUAUGAAGCCAUGUACCACAUCCAGUCCAAGUCGCAACAAGCCAGAGAUUCAGACUAUUCAGAGUUGCCCCCUCUGACGAUGACCAAUGGUCCCAGAGACCAUGCAGCCGAGGACCGGGAAGAGGAGGAAAACGGCUAUGACUUCCCCAAACCUCGGCUGCCAAUGCCCCUCGCCCGACGGACCCUUUCAGAACUGGGGGGGUCGUCUUCAUCAUCUUCCUCUUCCUCAUCAUGCUCAUCCUCCGCAGCAGCUUUCAGCCGCCUGUCUUUAGAUUCGGACGCCGGAGCUGCAGCACCCUUCUCAGAGCCGGUGGAAGCACCAGAGAGACCUCCAAAGCCCCUACCCCGACGAAUCAACUCAGAGCGUCGACCCAGCCCCGUCCCGCCCGUCCCUGCUCAACCCAGUAGUGGGGCAACAGGAGGAGAAGCGAAUCCUCAAAUCAGUAGCGAGAUCGAGCACCUCAUGAGUCAGGGAUACUCUUACCAGGACAUCCAGAAAGCACUGAUGAUUGCACAGAACAAUAUCGAAAUGGCCAAGAAUAUCCUCCGCGAGUUUGUCUCCAUUCCCUCCACCGCGCAUGUUCUUACAUAGCACACUCCUUGUGCCUCUCUCUCUCUCUCUCUCGUGUUUGCUCUCUCACCCUAGCUUGGCCCAGCCUGGUUGGGUUAAGGUUUGGCAGAGCCCAGCCCAAAAGCCCAAAAGCCCAUUGCCUGCAGCACUACCUCAGUGCUGGCUGACGCCCUACGCCCCCUUGUGGAUUUUUAACUGGCUGUUACUCCAGCAAAGCAUCACAGCAUCUCUGGGACUCCGCGCCCUGCACUCCAUGCGCUUUCAGCAGAGUCUGGCCUUCUUUAAACUGCUACAGCAGGCCACUUUGUUUUCACGGACAUCUACGCGGGAUUGACUAAACGAGUGCGGGAACAAUGACGGGCUGCCACAGGUGACGCGAGACUUUCGUAGGAAUCCUGAGGAAGACAGAUUCUUACGUUUUCAUGUUGAAGGCUCUUGCUGAAAAUGUAACCAACACCUCACAAAAAAAAACAAAAAACUAAAAAUGUAUGUCUAUAUGAAAAUUUAAUAUAUGAGUAAAUAUAUAUUAAAUGUGUGUAAUAUAUACAGUAUGUAAAAAAAUUAUUUCAGCUUCGAGGGUCACUGUUGGUACAAGCGAUAUGGGUAGACGAGGACCAGAUUAAAAGAGGUUUGGUCCUUUCUGGCGGACUGAGGGACGUGAGAGUGCGGAGAAAACACAUGCGAGGAAGAGGAAGUGUCCGGGUGUCUUCCUCACCACGAUGUGUCGGUCAGCAGCAGCUUAGAAGACGUGCAGCAGAGCUUUUUCAGGAUGACUUCAGUCUGGUAUGGCCUUUGAUUAACAACGUUGCUUUGGUACUUUUUUUUUUUUUUUUUUUUUUUUUUUUUUUUUUUUUUAAGAAAAACAUGCUUGUUUUGUCGUGUUGUAUUUCUCAAAGUAGCAUGACGAUGGUUUCAGGUCUGGACUGUUGUUUGGCAGUGUGUGUGUGUGUGUCCAUAGGUGUGCGUGUGUGUGUGUGAGCGUGUGUGCCAGACCCUUCUCCUCAUGACCUACUCUUAAACGAACCCCUGUUCCUGUACAACAUGAAUGUUGAAUUACAGUCAGUAUACUCAGACUUGUGCUCUGUAAACGUACUACUGCUCUAACUCAUAUGACAGGGCCUAGUGUAGCUGUAGAGCCUGGCAGUGAGAUUAUUAGAGGACGUACUAAUGUUGACGACCCUGCAGUACCAGACAGGCUAGUGUUGUGUGAUCCGUGGUGGCUGAAAAAAAAGUUUUCGUUCUGUCUUUGUCGAACUUCGCUGGCUGGUUCGGAUUUCUACAUCCAGCUCAGUCCAGUGUGAUGAAACAAAAAAAAAAAUUAUUGAUUUACUUUGGUAAUAUAUUAUUGUAAUAUGAUCAUAAAUAUUGUUAUUAUAAUUAAUUCAGAAGUGCUUCACUGCUGCUACUAUUGUUAGUGCUAAACAAUUACGCCUUAAAUGUACAUUUGUGAAUAUUGUGUUUAACCGUCAUCCUCUUUCUUUAAAGUGACAGUAUCACCCGUGUUUUCUCCAGUCCGUAAUGUAGCAUACUUGAAAGUACACGCGGCUUGUGAGCCUGCAGCCCUCUCAAGCUGUCGACUCUUCAGUGUUUUUAAACCUUUUUAUUCUUUAUGAUUCUCUACAGGUAGACUAUGUACAGCGACAGUAAUAAAGCAAACAAAAUGCUUUCGGUAUGGAAACCAGCCGUCUUGUAACAGAUCCAGGCUUCUCUUGUUACAUCAAUUUCCUUCCUCCACAGGAGUUCACCUCACUGAAAGGGAGUGAUUGCUGAGGGUUUAAAAAAAAAGAAAAGAAAAAAGUAGGCUCAUGGGUUUGCUGGCCCACCCCCAAGUCUACAUUAAAAUCAGUAUUUGGGCCAACUGUAAGAACUAACUCAGGAAUUAUAUUUAUCUAAGCAAGUUGCGUUCACCCUGGCUGUCAAAUUAAAAAAAACAUGGGAGACUCAUUGGCGACAGCAGCGUACCUGCCGUCUGCUCAUCCAGGUGACAUGUAGCCAAAAGUAUCCGCAUAAUGAAGUCACACAAGUAGCCUAUUGCCUUCUUUGUUUUAUCACAUUUAUAACUUGCACA